UACCUUUUUUUUGUUUCUUACAACAGUCCUUUCACACAGAAGACUGCAAGCUGAAAACAAACUUAGAGAGAGAGAGAGAGAGAGAGAUGAAAGGAGGGAAACAGAACUCCGACGCCGUCGCCGGCGACAAUGGUGUCAGUUCUGAGCAGCCAUCCACCGGUGCCUCACAAGCUGAGCAGCAAGAAAGAGAUGGGGAUGCUGGCGAAGAGGAUGAAGAUGUGGGAAAGGAGUAUGAAGAGAAACUCGAAGAAGAGGAAUUAGCUGAUGUGGAAAAACCAAAGCUUGCUGAAGGCUUUUAUGAGAUUGAGGAUGUGUGGAGAAAGAGGGUUCGAAAGGGCAAAGUUCAGUAUCUAAUCAAAUGGCGAGGCUGGCCGGAGAGUGCAAACACAUGGGAACCUGUGGAGAAUCUAAUGACAUGCUAUGAUGUUAUUGACGCAUUUGAAGAGAGCUUGCGGUCAGGGAAACAACGAUUGGCACGUAAGCGUAAGCGGCAGCAUGGGGUUACUCACACUCAAAUAAAAAAGCAGCAGCAGCAGCAGCAGUGUUCCCCUGCAGCUGCUACAAAUGAUGUGCCUGCAGUGAAGGUUAGCAUAAUGGAGGAACCUAUGCCCUCAUCUCCUCUGGCUAGCUUGGAUGCUAUUAAUCAUGUGGAUAGUAGUGGUAGUGGUUUGAAUGAUAUCCAAGUGGACGGAGUGGCGAACGACAAUGAUUUGAAUUUUGAUUCCUCUAUAAAAGAAAUUAAUGAGAAAAAUGAAUUGGAUUUAAAGCUUAGUGAAUUAAAGGGAGGGAUAGCAACAAAAGAGACAUCUGUGGAUAGAUCUGGUGAUGGCCUUACAAGUGGAUUUUCAGCAGCCAAUGGAACAGAAUCACUUCAAUCUGGUCGUUGUACCGGAGCUAAAAGGAGGAAGCCUGCUUCUGUUCGGAGGUUUAAACCGGAAACUGCCUCAGGUGUAAUGAAUGAUUCCCAAGAUGCUUUACCAAAUGCUACUAGUGGCCCUUUUGUUGCAUUCACGAAGGAAGGAAUUCACAAUCAUGGAUUUGUGGGCAAUGCUUUGGGUUGCAAAAAUAAGUGGGAUGAUUCCAAAGAUGCCUGUGCCAUAACAGAAAUUAUAAAGCCUAUGAGCUAUUCGGCAUCUGUAUCGAGUGAUUUUCAGGAUGUGUCCGUGACCUUUUUAGCUAAGAGGUCUGAUGGAAAGGAAGUUAUGGUGGAUAACAAGUUUCUGAAGAUGAAUAAUCCACUUGUGUUGAUAAACUUUUAUGAGCAAAAUCUUCGAUAUCAUCCCACACAAUGAGUGCGCUUCUGCGGAGGUGGAACUGUUGUCGCCCGACUUGUCUCUAUGUAUAGAGUAGCAACAGGCUGUAGGUAUUAAACCUGUUAGAGUAUUUAUUAGGGAGGUUAGUAAAGCACUAGAGUUAUGCUGCAUAUUAUGGGAAACCCUGCAUUAGCUUCAGCUGAUUUUUCAAAAAAAAAAAGGUAGACUUUAAAGGUUGUAUUUCUAGAGUAUAACCCAAUAGAUGCAUUGUAAAUGACGAUAAUAUUCUUUUGUUAUCUUAGGUGGCAAAACCAUUAUAAGUUUUGUAGUUCAAUAGCAUUAAUAUGGAAUGCAGACAUCCGCAAAUGUUUGUGGCAUUGCUCUGCUGGUGGCCAUUGUAUGUAAAUGAACAGAAGGGAGGAUGAUUGAUAAUCUAGCUGAUCGAGUUUGCUUAA